AUGAUGCAUUGGUUUUAUGUCUUUUCGAUGAUUAUCAUUAUCUGUUUACAAAAUUCAAGUAAUGCUAAUGUUACUGAAGAUCCUGUUUAUGUUAAUAUCAAUAAACAAAUCGAACAAUUUAUUCCUCUCGUUAACCAAGUCAAUGAAUAUUUAGCAAACCGUCCAGGAGAUGCGGUAAUGUCCUACGGAAUUAAAUCAGCAUCAGACAGUAAAUAUAUUCGUACUUUUACAAAUGUUAAAUUAGCAAAUGGUGAGGUGGCUCAUGGAAGUUUUCUUACAAAUCCAAACGUUAUUAACGCAUUGGAUAAUAAGCAAGUGUUUAAAGGAAUAGUGGACCUAUAUGGUAGAAUGUAUCAAGCUGUGUAUAAGCCAGUUAUAAAUAAACGUAAAAUUGUUAUUGGUUACUGGUUUGUUGGUGUCCCGGUUUAA